CGGGAGUGGUGGGUGUUGUACACAACCAUCAUGGCGGCGGCCGGAGCCCCGGAGGGCACGGAGGAACCUGGCAUGGACACGGAGGCCGAGACUGUGGCGACCGAGGCCCCCGCGCGGCCCCUGAACUGCGUGGAGGCCGAAGCCCCGGCGGGGGCGGCGGCCGAGGACUCUUGCGCGGCGCGAGGUAGCCUGCAGCCGGCGCCGGCCCAGCCCCCUGGGGACCCUGCGGCCCACGCCUCGGUCAGCAACGGCGAGGAUGCGGGCGGCGGCGUGGGCAGGGAGCCGGUGGACUUGAAGAGCAUCUGGAAUGAGACUAAACACGACGUGAAGUUCCCCCUCGAUAGCACAGGCUCCGAACUAAAACAGAAGAUUCACUCGAUUACAGGUCUCCCUCCUGCCAUGCAGAAAGUCAUGUAUAAGGGACUCGUCCCUGAGGAUAAGACGUUGAGAGAAAUAAAAGCGAGCAGCGGAGCCAAGAUCAUGGUGGUCGGCUCCACGAUAAAUGAUGUUUUAGCCGUAAACACACCCAAAGAUGCUGCCCAGCAGGAUGCAAAGGCUGAAGCGAACAAGAAGGAACCACUCUACCGGCAGAAACAACACAGGAAAGUGUUGGAUAAAGGAAAACCCAAAGAUGUGAUGCCAUCUGUUAAGGGUGCCCAGGAGCGCCUACCAACAGUACCCUUGUCCGGCAUGUACAACAAAUCCGGAGGCAAAGUGAGACUCACCUUCAGGCUGGAACAAGAUCAGCUGUGGAUCGGCACUAAAGAGCGGACUGAGAAAUUGCCCAUGGGCUCCAUUAAAAAUGUGGUCAGUGAACCUAUCGAAGGACAUGAAGACUACCACAUGAUGGCGUUUCAGUUGGGCCCCACGGAAGCCUCUUACUACUGGGUGUACUGGGUCCCAACUCAAUAUGUGGAUGCAAUCACAGAUACUGUGCUGGGGAAGUGGCAGUAUUUUUGAAAGCACUUUCACCUCUGGCCCAGGACACUGACCCAAAGCGAAGGACAUUGCUGGGAGAGGCCUA